AUGGGGCUGUCUGUCAUCCACGAACAGGGCGAAGCAAUCGAGCGCAUCGAGGACCGGCGUGAGCGAAACCCCGACAUGGAUGCCAUCUAUAUACUCUCUCCCGAACCGCACAUUGUCGACUGCCUCCUCGCCGACUUCGAGGCCCGCCGUUACCGCUCCGCCUACCUGGUCUGGACCACCCUGAUCAAGGCCGAUCUGCGCCGCAAGAUUGAUGACUUCCCUGGCGUGCGCAGCUUUCGCGCCAGCACAAAGACGCUCUUCAUCGACUUUUACCCGCGGGAAUCUCACGUUGUCACCUUUCGCGACCCGUGGAGCUUCCCGUCUCUGUAUCACCGCGAAUGCGACUCGCUCGUCGCCGCUCAUCUGAAGACGAUGGCACAGAAGAUUGCCGGUGUCUGCAUAACACUGGGCGAGUACCCCAAAGUCCGGUACUACAAGCCCAGGGAUCCCACGUGGGACGCCGCCGUGCUGUGCACGCACCUGGCCAACUUUGUGCAGCAGGAGCUCGACAUGUACGCCCAGUGGAACGCCGACUUCCCACCAGCCACGACCCGGCCGCAGGCGACGCUGGUCAUUACCGACCGCUCCAUGGACCCGGUGGCCCCUCUGGUCCACGAGUUCACCUACCAGGCGAUGGCGCACGACCUGCUGCCCAUCAAGGAGGGUGACAAGAUCACAUACACGACCGUCAUCAACAAGGGGACCGAUGACGAGGAGGAGAAGAACAUGGAGCUCAGCGACCGGGACAAGCUCUGGGUCGAUAACCGACACCAGCACAUGAAGGACAUGGUGACGAAGCUGCAGGACGAUAUUCGCAAGUUCAUCCAGCAGAACCCACACUUUGCCAACGAGGACACCGAGACGACCAACCUCAACACGAUCCGUGACAUGCUCUCGGGCUUACCGCAGUUCCAGGAGAUGAGGGACGCCUACUCUCUGCACCUGUCCAUGGCCCAAGAGUGCACCACCAUCUUUAGCCAGCAUAAUCUGCCGGAUAUUGCCAUGUCGGAGCAGACCAUGGCCACGGGUCUCGAUGAAGACAACAGGAAGCCGAAGAACGUUUUGGACGAAGUGGUGCGGCUCCUCGAUGAGCCGACGACGACUCCCCCAGACAGGCUGCGUCUCAUCAUCCUAUUCGCCCUGUACCGCGAGGGCGUCAUCAUGGAAGAUGUCAAGCGACUGCUCGCGCACGCCGGGCUGCCGCAGCAGGACGGCGACGCUCUGCAAGGGCUGGAGAUGCUGGGCGCGCGGGCGAUACGGCAGAAUGUCAAGGACGUCAAGCAGCCGCGGCACGUUCUCUUCCCCAAGGACCCCAAGGCGGUGCAGCCAGACGAGGAGGUCAACAGCCUGUCGCGGUUCGACCCGACGCUGAAACCCCUCCUCGACACCCUGACGCGCGGCAGUCUUGACCAGACGGACUUCCCGUACGUCAAGCCGCCUCUGGACCCCAACGAGGAUCUCCUCCUAGCCCAGGGCGGCUCUCUCCGAGCAGGACGGCCCAACUGGGCGGCGGCCGGGCGGCGCGCACCCGAGAACCGGCACCGCAUCUUUGUCUUCAUGGCGGGCGGCGCGACGCACAGCGAGUCCCGGACGUGCUACGAGGUGGGCGCAGAGCGCAACCGCGACAUCGUCCUGAUCACGUCGCACAUGAUCACGCCCCAGCUCUACGUGCGGCAGCUGAGCGACCUGUGCCGGUCCCGCCGGCAGCUGGACCUACCAGUGGAUCGACCGCGCCAGCGCGCUCCGGCGCACCUCUUCGAACGACCGAAACCGCCGCCGCAGCAGCUCCCGUCGGGACCCGGACCGGGACAAGGACCCAGGCCAGGCCAACCGAUGGGCGGAGCAGGCCUACCCUCCCAACCGCAGCAGCGCAUGGGCGGUCCGAGCCCCCACCAGCGCCCUCCACCCUCGCGCGGCGGCAGCAGCCAAGCGGCACCCUCGUCAGGCAGAAUGGCCCCCCCUCCGACGCAGCAGAUGGGCAACAUGAGCCUCGGUAGCAACGGCGGGGGACACCCGUCUCAUCCGUCGCACCAGCAGCAGCCGAGCACUGCCAGCAGCCAGAACUCGCGGACGGACGAGGGCAAGCUGCACAAGGAGAAGAAGAGACGCAACUUUCUCGGCAUGAAGAAGUAG